AUGUAAAUAUGGGACUCCUAAUAAAAUUGGUGUAAAUGUCAAAAAAUAUAUGUAUCACAAUUUUAAGGAGAAAAAGUGCACCGUGUGAGAGGAAUUGUUAAUUUUCCAGUCGUUCUUAUCAGUUUUGCAAGUAUCGUUUGCUCAAAUCAAUCUCGCAACUGUGAUAAAAAAUGACGGAACAGCAAAUGGAUUGUGCGCUUGAUCUCAUGAGACGCCUACCGCCGCAGAAGAUUGAGAAAAAUCUAAUUGACCUGAUAGAUUUAGCUCCGGGGCUGUGCGAAGAUUUGCUGUCAUCAGUGGAUCAGCCGCUGAAGAUUUCCAAGGAUAAGGAAACCGGCCGUGACUAUCUUCUGUGCGAUUAUAACCGCGACGGUGACUCAUACCGAUCGCCGUGGUCAAAUACGUAUGAUCCACCCCUGGAAGAUGGGUCAAUGCCAUCGGAGCGUCUCAGGAAAUUGGAGAUUGAGGCAAAUCAUGCAUUUGACCAAUACCGCGAGAUGUACUAUGAAGGUGGCGUAUCUUCGGCCUACCUGUGGGACUUGGAUCAUGGAUUUGCGGGGGUUAUUCUUAUUAAGAAAGCCGGCGAUGGGAGUAAGAAGAUCAAGGGCUGCUGGGACUCCAUUCAUGUGGUCGAAGUGCAGGAGAAGAGCACAGGUAGGACUGCACACUACAAGUUGACCUCUACUGCUAUGUUGUGGCUGCAGACUAACAAACAGGGUUCCGGUACAAUGAACUUGGGUGGAAGUCUAACGAGACAGAUUGAGCAGGAUGCCAAUGUGAGCGAGUCUAGUCCGCACAUUGCCAACAUUGGUAAAAUGGUUGAGGAUAUGGAAAACAAAAUUCGCAACACCCUCAAUGAGAUUUACUUUGGCAAAACCAAGGACAUUGUUAACGGUCUCCGAAGCACCCAGUCUCUGGUGGAUCAGCGUGCCAAUGAUGCCAUCAAGCAGGAUCUGGCCGCAGCGAUUGCCCGUAGGAAUAAAAGUGACAACUGAGGCUGAGCAAUGAAUUCGGAUGAUGGUUCAAUUUAUGAUCAGUAUAAUUCAUCUGCUGCAGACACAAUGCAGACUUUGUCACCCUCUUCCCCCAAUCAAAGUGCUUCGCCACCUGACUCCGUGGAUAAUUUCAGUGGAAUAAUAAUUGAGGGACAAUUGUAGUUUUUUUUAACGCAGAAGUCCUGGCACUAAUUUUAAAAUGAAUUUUUAAUAUUAUUUCAUUCCUCAUUCUUUAAAACCGACAUAAAUAAUUUUUUUUGUAAUUUUGCACUAGUGCUAAUGUGUUCCGUAGAAAUUCACAUUACAUUUUUCCUUUUUUUUUUUUUUUAAUUUAGCUACAUACGAUUGAUACGGAAUAUUUAAUUAAAUGUAACAAAAUAUAAUACAGCGCAAGAAUAAAUUAUGGAUAAUUGUUAAGAAAAA